UCUUCUGCGAUCCACAGGACCUCCACUCUCUCUCUCUCUCUCCCCCCCCCCCUCGCAUUUCCGUCGGAGCUCUGCAAAAAUUGCAAUCCACCGACCGGUGCUGGAAGAAGGACGAAACCCUAAUCGGAGCUCGGAAUUUCAGGGUAAUGUACGCUUAAGCAAGUGUUUCCAUAUCGAUACAGAAGCAUGCAGAAGAAAUCUUUAUAGUAGCUACACAAGCAUAUUUUGUAAUGCUAUAGUUAUGGAUGUUGGAGUGAUCGAAGUGCCUAAGGGAGUUGGGCAUACUGUAGGGGCCGAUGAUGGAGAUAGUGAAACCAAUGAGGGAGAAGUUAGUAAUGCUGAAAAUGCGACUCCUCGUCAUACCGGGGAUGGGAUGUCUGAACCAUAUGUGGGCAUGGAAUUUGACUCUGAAGAUGCCGCUAGAAUUUUCUAUGACGAGUAUGCCAAACAGAAUGGUUUUAGUUUGAAAAAUGGUCCAUAUAGAUCUAAUGCUGAUGGGGCAGUUAUUGCUCGGGAUUUUAUAUGUGGCAAAGAAGGCCCAAAAAGAAGAGCGGCACACUGUUGUGAUGCUAUGAUUAGGGUAGAACUGAAUGAUCAAAGCAAAUGGGUUGUGACCAAAUUCGUCAAGGAACAUAACCAUUCUAUGAUCAGUCCGAAUAAAGUCCAUUAUCUUCGACCUCGCAGGCAUUUUGCGGGUGCUCUGAAGUAUGCGACUGAAUGCUCGCGGGAGGCGGAACUCGUUCCAAGUGGUGUUUUCUACGUUACCAUGGAUGGAAACCAUGUCAAUGCGGAGCCAAAUCGGGGAACAAAGAAUGCCACUGUUGAAUCAAUUCGUCUGCGUAAUAAUGCUGGGUCAAAGAAUGCCACUGUUGAAUCAAAUCAUCUGCUUAAUAAUGCUGGGUCCAAGAAUGCCAGUGUCGAAUCAAAUCGUCCGCUUAAUAAUGCUGGGUCAGUAAACUAUUUUGUUAGGCCACUGAGCCGAAAGAGGACACUAGGGAGGGAUGCUCAAAAUUUGCUGGAGUACUUCAACAAAAUGCAGGCAGAAAAUCCCGGUUUCUUCUAUGCAAUGCAACUUGAUGAAGAAAAUCGCAUGGUAAAUGUUUUCUGGGCGGAUGCAAGAUCAAGAGCAGCAUAUAGUCACUUCGGUGAUGUUGUUACUGUGGACACUAUGUACCGAGUGUAUCAGUAUAGAGUGCCGGCUGUGCCAUUCACAGGUGUGAAUCAUCACGGGCAGACAAUCUUGUUUGGCUGCGCCUUACUCUUGGAUGACUCUGAGGCAUCUAUUGUCUGGUUACUAAAGACAUUUCUUACAGCAAUGAAUGAUCGGCCACCUAUCUCCAUAGUCACUGAUCAGGACAAAGCCAUAAAGACAGCAGUAUCUCUGGUUUUUCCAGAAGCUCGCCACUGUAUUAGCAAGUGGCAUGUUUUGAGAGAAGGCCAAGAGAAGUUAGCUCAUGUAUGUCGCGCACACCCUAAAUUUCAAGUGGAACUGUAUAAUUGUAUCAACUUGACUGAAACUAUCGAGGAGUUUGAGUCAUCUUGGAAUGUUGUAAUUGAUAAGUAUGAUCUGAGAAGAAAUGACUGGCUUCAGUCAUUAUAUACUGCUCGUGCUCAAUGGGCACCAGUGUACUUCCGGAAUUCCUUUUUUGCAGCGGUAUCUCCUAAUCAAGGAUUUGAUGGUUCCUUUUUCGAUGGUUAUGUAAACCACCAAACAACACUGCCGAUAUUCUUUAGGCAGUAUGAAAUGGCAUUGGAGAAUUGCUUUGAGAAGGAGAUUCAGGCUGAUUUUGAUACGGUAUGCACUACGCCAGUGUUAAAGACACCGUCUCCAAUGGAGAAACAGGCAGCAAAUCUCUAUACAAGGAAAAUAUUUGUGAAAUUCCAGGAGGAAUUGGUUGAAACCUUUGUAUACACAGCAAAUAGAAUUGAAGGCGAUGGCCUGGUCAACACAUUCAGGGUUGCAAAAUUUGAGGAUGAUCAGAAGGCUUAUUUUGUCAGAUUGAACUAUUCAGAAAUGACAGCAAACUGUAGUUGCCAAAUGUUUGAGUAUUCGGGUAUUCUCUGCAGGCAUAUCUUGACAGUCUUCACUGUGACUAAUGUUCUCACGCUGCCAUCUCAUUACAUUUUGAAAAGGUGGACCAGGAAUGCCAAAAAUGGGCCCGGGCUGGAUGAUCGGGUCGUGGAACCACAGGCCCAGGAGUCCCUGACAAACCGAUAUAAUAACCUAUGCCAAGAAGCCAUGAAGUACGCAGAGGAAGGAGCAACAUCUCUUGAGACAUUUAAUGCAGCAAUGUCUGCCCUCAGAGAGGGUCGGAAGAAGAUUUCCUCAGUGAAGAAAAAUGUUGCAAAAGUUGCUCCCCCUACCUCUCAGGCUGGAGGGAUCGGUUAUGAUGAUCGCAAUAGCUCUGGAGCAGCAUCAGAUAUGACCCCAUUUUUAUGGCCACGGCAAGAUGAAAUGGCUCGUCAGUUAAACCUUAAUGAUUCGAGCAUUCCUGCUCAAUCGGUCGAGGACUUGAAUAUUCCGCGUAUGGCUCCUGUCUCUCUUCAUCGCGACGAUAGUCUUUCUGACAACAUGGUGGUCCUUCCCUGCCUCAAAUCAAUGACCUGGGUGAUGGAGAAUAAGGAUUCAGCACCUGGAAAUAGAGUAGCUGUCAUUAACCUGAAGUUGCAAGAUUAUAGCAAGAUUCCAUUAGCAGAGACGGAGGUUAAGUUUCAGCUCUCGAAGGUGACAUUGGAACCGAUGUUGAAGUCUAUGGCCUACAUCAGCGAGCAGCUUUCAGCACCAGCUAAUAGGGUGGCCGUCAUCAACUUGAAGCUUCAAGAUGCCGAGACAUCCUCGGGCGAGUCUGAGGUCAAGUUUCAGGUGUCCAGGGAUACAUUGGGUGCUAUGCUGAGAUCAAUGGCGUACAUACGUGAACAGCUUUCGAAUGCGGCCGAGCCCCAGUCAGAUUCCGUAGCUAAGAAGCAACGUAGAUGAGACACAGCCAAUGACCAUUGGAGUUCUCUCUAUACCGGUGUCCUUGACCAUCUGAUCAACUAGACUCCCUCGUUUUUCUUUCCCAAAGAGCUUGCCCGUGUGACCUGAUUGUACAUCUAUGAGGUAGAAGGUAAUUGCUGCUUGUGAUGAAUGAAAGGUUGAAACUACAAAGGUCAGUUCGUAGGACUUGUUUAAACUGUAAGUAGGACAAGGAGUUUGCUAGUGUGGAAUAGGAUUUUGGGUCAUUUUUUUCUCUCGGUUUCAUUCAACCCACUCCAAAUUGUUAUAACAAUGUCUGUCAUAAGUAGGAUGUUCACGGGGUGCCGUGCCGGACGGGAUUGAAAUUCUCUAAUAAGAGAGUCCACUAUGUACAGAAUUUCAGAUAGUGGUUUUGUUACUACUAA